CAUCCGGCGACCUGAUGCCGUGCGCGUCCACGUGUACGCAGCGUGCGCGCUCCCCUUCCUGCGGAAUUCAACGAGAGGAGGCUGAGGUCGCCCGACGAGAGACUCCCACAAGGAAAAGAAUGAACAAUAAAUUUGAUGCCAUUAGCUUAGCACAGGAGGAGGGUGUCGGCCGCAAAUCCACGGAGUGGUAGUUGUUGAGUGGCCGGGAAACCGCGUGGAGGCUCGGCUUGAACUAGACACCCAACGCGGCCUGAAUCAGCGAUGAUGGAGCUCGCAAAAAUGAUGUGGGCGAACUCUGGCGAGGGUUUUAACAAGAGAUUGAAAGAUGACGACAGCGGUGACCACGACCAGGAACAAGGCUCACUGAAAGAUGGUGAGAAGGAAAAAAUCGAAGACAACGACAAGGAACAGAACUCCACGAGGAAAAAAAUGGUGAUUCCAGGGGUAGGUGAGCACCCUCUUCAGUACAACUACACAUUUUGGUACUCCAGACGGAACCCAGGGCGGCCGGCAAGCACUCAGAGCUACGAGCAGAACAUCAAACAGAUCGGCAGCUUCGCCUCGGUUGAGCAGUUCUGGCGUUUCUACAGUCACAUGAUCCGACCCGGCGACCUAACGGGCCACAGUGACUUCCAUCUUUUCAAAGAAGGCAUCAAACCCAUGUGGGAGGAUGACGCCAACAAGAUGGGCGGCAAGUGGAUCAUCCGUCUCAGGAAAGGCCUGGCGUCUCGCUGCUGGGAGAACCUGAUCCUGGCCAUGCUAGGAGAGCAGUUCAUGGUUGGCGAGGAGAUUUGUGGCGCUGUUGUGUCUGUCCGCUUCCAGGAGGACAUCAUCUCCAUCUGGAACAAAACGGCUAGCGACCAGGCCACCACAGCCCGCAUCAGAGACACACUGCGACGAGUCCUCAACCUGCCCCCCAACACCAUCAUGGAGUACAAGACACACACAGACAGCAUUAAAGCCUGGGAAGACUUCCAUGGUCUGGUGAAUGCUAGCAGUGGACGUUAGCCCUCCUGCCGCCACAGACCUCUGCAAGGUGUGUUAUGUAAUGUUGCUGUGGUGGAUGGCGAGGGCAUAUAACGUGUCCGGGUGGGGUCGAAGGAUACGCUCUGCGUGGAUUAACCGAGCGAAGGCCGGGAACAAGAGACGGGAAGAGCAUUCCUCCUAUUUGUCUGUUCGCGAGCGGUCAGAAAGCAAUUUCAGCAGAAGAGAGAAACCCGCAUUUUUUUUUUUUUUUUUUUUUUUUUAAACCAUUCUGAGGGCCGAAGACUCAGAUUUGGCAAAAUAAUUCUUAACCCCUUUUCCACUUUCAUUGUGUGUUCACAUCAGAUGAAUUGUUCAGCUGCUCACGAGACUCAAACACAGUUUGUGGUAGAUGUUAUUUUAAUACUGUACUGUAUUUUAACUGCAGUUCCUGUGUUCUUUUCCAAAUUUCUGCUGCUACUGUAUAUUGUACAUCUAUAAACAUAGGUCAUUACAAAUUAAAUCGGCAAUGAUUUGCCUUCUCUGGCUUGGAAGUGGAAUUCCAAAGGAUGAGGAGGGCGGGGGGUGGGGGGUGGGGUGGGGGGUAAUCUACAUAUAGAGUGUACAUGUACACUGGGCAUCUUCGAAUUGAACUGCCACACGGUUCUUAACUGGUCCAAGGAAUGGACUACGCUUUGUCUGUGGACAAUCUACAAAACGUUCUCUGCUUUUACUAUUUUGACGUAAGCAUGAAAGUCCACACAAUGUUUUUAAAAAAUAAUAAUUUAAAUUUAGUUUUCUCCAUCUAUUGGAAACCCAAUUUAGCAAAACUGUAAGACCACCAGUGUUCGGUGGUUGUGGUAACGGGUGUUGUGAAAAAUGAGAGCGAGGUGCGAUCGUGAUGUACGCUUGAUGGAUAAAAGCAAUAAAUUGAAAAAUAUGCA